AAAUUAUACUCGUAUAAUCUAUUUAUAAAUAUGUUUAUUUGUAGAUAAAAUUGGGUCCCACAGUGUUUUAACAGGUAAUUUCAGCUACCUGCGUGUUGCACAUGACCGGCUGCUAUCUCUCUCUCUCUACAGUCUAUAUAUUGCUCCUCACUUCGAUUUCCCGCUCACCAUCUCUCUAUCUCUCUCUCUCUCCUGCCGUUGUUCCACCGCAUCGCUAUCGCAGAGAUAUUGAUUUGAUUUCUACAUAUCAUCAUGGCUCCAGCUGCAGCAGAUUCCAUAAAACCUAGAGAUGUUUGUAUUGUUGGUGUUGCACGUACACCAAUGGGUGCAUUUCUUGGUACUCUUUCAUCUUUACCAGCCACAAAGCUUGGAUCUAUAGCUAUUGAAAGUGCUCUGAAAAGGGCUAAUGUUGAUCCAUCACUUGUGGAAGAAGUUUUCUUUGGGAAUGUCCUCAGUGCCAAUUUGGGGCAGGCUCCUGCUAGACAAGCAGCAUUAGGUGCAGGGAUCCCUAAUACGGUGGUCUGUACCACAAUUAACAAAGUUUGCGCAUCAGGGAUGAAAGCUACAAUGCUUGCCGCGCAAAGUAUCCAGUUAGGUAUCAAUGAUGUGGUUGUGGCUGGUGGCAUGGAAAGCAUGUCUAAUGUCCCCAAGUACCUCGCUGAAGCCAGGAAGGGAUCUCGACUUGGACAUGAUACUCUUGUUGAUGGUAUGCUUAAAGAUGGUCUCUGGGAUGUUUAUAAUGACUAUGGAAUGGGAGUUUGUGCUGAAUUAUGUGCAGAACAACAUAAAGUAACAAGAGAAGAGCAGGAUAAUUAUGCGGUUCAGAGCUUUGAGCGUGGUAUUGCAGCUCAAGACAGUAGUGCCUUUGCUUGGGAAAUAGUUCCGGUUGAGGUUUCUGGAGGGAGGGGAAAACCGUCGACAAUUGUUGAUAAGGAUGAAGGUCUAGGAAAGUUUGACGCUGCAAAGUUGAGGAAGCUCCGACCGAGUUUCAAGGAGACUGGAGGUUCUGUAACUGCUGGCAAUGCUUCUAGCAUAAGUGAUGGUGCUGCUGCUUUAGUAUUAGUGAGUGGGGAGAAGGCACUUAAGCUUGGGUUGCAAGUGAUUGCAAAGAUCACAGGAUAUGCUGAUGCUGCUCAGGCACCGGAAUUAUUUACUACUGCUCCAGCCCUUGCAAUUCCAAAAGCUAUUUCAAAUGCUGGAUUGGAGGCUUCUCAAGUUGAUUACUAUGAGAUUAAUGAAGCCUUUGCAGUUGUGUCUCUUGCAAAUGUGAAAUUGCUGGGUCUUAAUCCAGAAAAAGUUAAUGUACACGGGGGAGCUGUAUCAUUGGGCCAUCCUCUUGGUUGCAGCGGAGCACGUAUCUUGGUCACACUUUUGGGGGUACUGAAGCAGAAGAAUGGGAAAUGCGGAGUUGGUGGUGUUUGCAAUGGGGGAGGAGGUGCAUCAGCCCUCGUCGUUGAGCUUCUGUAAUUCUUUUUAGCGUUCGGCCAACCAUGAGGAUGGAGCUUUGCUAACGAUGAAUCUCCUGUCAGACGUGUGAUUCUCACUCUUUUUUUUCCCUUCCAAGUUUUGUGGUCUCUCAAAUAAAUGAUAAGUAUUGUAGAUUUUUUUUUUUUUUCUGAUCUAGAAUAUGUAAUGUAGAUUGAAGAAAGAUUUCAUCUUGAAGUACUGUUCCCUUAAGGCCUUA